AUGACUGCACCAGCUACAAGAAAAGACCUCAUGAUAGUCAAUAUGGGUCCUCACCACCCAUCAAUGCAUGGUGUUCUUCGACUUAUUCUUACUCUCGAUGGUGAAGAUGUUAUUGACUGCGAACCAAUAUUGGGUUAUUUACACAGAGGGAUGGAGAAAAUUGCGGAAAACCGAACAAUUAUACAAUAUUUGCCCUAUGUCACACGUUGGGAUUAUUUAGCUACUAUGUUUACAGAAGCAAUAACCGUAAAUGGACCUGAACGAUUGAGCAAUAUUCAAGUACCUAAAAGAGCUAGCUAUAUCAGAGUCAUUAUGUUGGAGUUAAGUCGUAUAGCUUCCCAUUUGUUAUGGCUCGGUCCAUUUAUGGCGGAUAUUGGGGCGCAGACUCCUUUCUUCUAUAUUUUUCGAGAAAGAGAGUUGAUAUAUGACCUAUUCGAAGCUGCCACCGGUAUGCGAAUGAUGCAUAAUUUUUUUCGUAUCGGGGGAGUAGCUGCUGAUCUACCCCAUGGCUGGAUAGAUAAAUGUUUGGAUUUUUGCAAUUAUUUUUUAACAGGGGUUGCUGAAUAUCAAAAACUUAUUACACAGAAUCCCAUUUUUUUAGAACGAGUUGAAGGUAUAGGCACUAUUAGGGCAGAAGAAGCACUCAAUUGGGGUUUAUCCGGACCAAUGCUACGAGCUUCGGGAAUCGAAUGGGAUCUUCGUAAAAUCGAUCAGUAUGAGUGUUACGACGAAUUUGCUUGGGAGGUUCAAUGGCAAAAAGAGGGGGAUUCUUUAGCUCGUUAUUUAGUAAGAAUCGGCGAAAUGGAAGAAUCCAUAAAAAUGAUUCAACAGGCCCUGGAAGGAAUUCCGGGGGGGCCUUAUGAGAAUUUAGAAAUCCGACGUUUUGAUAGAGUAAAACAUCCCCAAUGGAAUGAUUUUGAAUACCGAUUCAUUGCUAAAAAAACCUCUCCUAUUUUUGAAUUAUCGAAGCAAGAACUUUAUGUGAGAGUCGAAGCUCCAAAGGGAGAAUUGGGAAUUUUUCUGAUAGGAGAUCAGAGCGUUUUUCCUUGGAGAUGGAAAAUUCGUCCACCGGGUUUGAUCAAUUUGCAAAUUCUUCCUCAGGUGGUUAAAAGAAUGAAAUUGGCUGAUAUUAUGACGAUACUAGGUAGCAUAGAUAUCAUUAUGGGGGAAGUUGAUCGUUGA